AUAAAGAUAACUUAGAUUUUAAGUAAACAGGCAUUGGAAGAGCUGAGACAUUGAAUACGGCUCAACCACAAAUAGAGCUCUUCGUGAAGCAGAGUCUUCUUGGAGAGUUCGCUUCAGGAGAUUCAAUGAUUUAAUGCACUCCAGGUGCGAGACGUAUAACAUUUUUCUUGUCUGCACGUGGCUGUAGAACCUCAGAGAAUUUCAGGACACUGAGGCGUUGAGAUGUGGUUACGUGGUCGGAAACCCCUUGAAUAUCUGGAUAUUGUGGGAAGGUUUUCUAGAUCAUCAAGCAUUUUGCAGAUGCGCUUUUCAUCUGAUAUUCCUUGCAAAAAAUCAAAGCUUGCCCCUUUGCAGGAGCGCAAGAUGAUUGACCGGUUUAGGCUCUGGGCUAAAGGGGGUGACGGGGGCAAUGGUUGUACCAGCUUCCAUCGAAGCCGGCAUGAUCGGCGUGGUAAACCUGAUGGUGGAAAUGGAGGAAGAGGUGGUGAUGUAAUAUUAGAAUGUUCGCCUUCAUUUUGGGACUUCAGCGGUCUGCAACAUCAUGUUAAUGCAAGAAGAGGUGGUCACGGUGCUUCAAAAAAUAUGAUAGGUAGCAGAGGCAGUGACAAGGUUGUCCAAGUGCCUGUUGGUACCGUAAUACAUCUUAUGGAGGGAGAAAUUCCUUCUGCAGUGGAGAAAAGCUUUUCUGAACCUUUGGACCCCUGGGAAAUUCCUGGUUCACUGGAUGUGGAGUCCGUAGAAUCGAUCAGUAGGAGUGAUGUCAAAUCAUCUUCUUGUGUACGAACUGACAUUGGAGUAUCUGCUGCAGAAGAGCAAGCAGAAGUAAUAUAUGCUUCAUCUCCUCCUCAAGUCACACCUUCCAGCAAUAAAGAAGCUACUAAGUCCUGGAGGGAAGAAAGCUGUAGCGCAGGAGAAGGUCGAGACAAUGAUGAUGCUAUGUCUGAAGUAGAAUCCGAAGAAGAAUUGAAGGCAGCAGCAGAUAUCCAGUAUAAUGUUGCUGAAUUGACAGAACCAGGAGAACGAAUAAUUGUUGCUCGUGGAGGUGAUGGUGGCUUAGGCAAUGUGUCUUCUUCAAGAGUUCCUAGGAAGACGCCAAAGCAUGAGGCAUACAACGACGAAGAUCAUGCAUCUGCCAGUGUGGGCCUGCCUGGUUCUGAGGUGGUUCUUUUAUUGGAGCUGAAGAGUAUUGCUGAUGUUGGCUUUGUAGGGAUGCCAAAUGCGGGUAAAAGUACUCUUCUUGGAGCAAUUUCAAGGGCUAAACCUGCAGUCGGACAUUAUGCAUUCACAACAUUGAGGCCUAACUUAGGAAAUCUGAAUUAUGAGGAUCUUUCUAUCACAGUGGCUGAUAUUCCAGGAAUUAUUAGAGGAGCCCAUGAAAAUCGUGGGCUUGGGCAUGCUUUUCUUCGUCACAUAGAACGUACAAAAGUACUGGCUUAUGUUCUCGACUUAUCUGCUGCACUGGAUGGUAGAAAAGGUAUUCCACCCUGGGAACAGCUCAAGGAUCUAAUUUUGGAGCUUGAGUUUUAUCGUCAGGGUUUGUCCAAUCGGCCAUCCUUGAUAGUAGCAAAUAAAAUUGAUGAAGCAGGGGCUGAAGAAGUUUAUGAAGAACUGAAAAAUAGAGCGCCUGGAGUUCCUAUAUUUCCAGUUUGUGCUGUUCUCGAGGAAGGAGUACCAGAACUAAAAGAUGGUCUCAGGAUGCUUGUAAACGGAGGAGAGUCAUGUAAACUGAAGUUGGAUGACAUUGUAAUUGACUAAAUUGUAGAGAUUCAUGUUACUGCUGUUGAAUGAAAAAACUUGUGAUCAUCUUUUACGUGAGUAAAAAUGCAAGUAGUUGUUCCUUUUGACGUAGUAAAUUUCCUAGACAUAGUGAUGCCUAGUAC